UUGAGAAAGAAGCCAUGUUUUUGUGGCUGCCUGUGUGUGAAAACAUAUAAAAUUAUUUUCCAACUGUAAUCGAAGUGAAAGAAAAUAAUUGUUUUCAUUGGGAGUUUCAAAGCAUUGACGUGGAUUUCCUUGCGUUGCCUAGCCGUUUUUUUCAGCUGAAGUGUGCUUGAAGUUGAGAAUUUACAUCUAAGUGUUCAUUCAAAUAUAUAUCGCCGAUUAAGUUCGCUAAUUAUUUAUACGUUCCAGAAAUUACGUAAAAAAACGUCCAGUUAAAACUUUGAAUAAAAAAUGAACUAAAGUAUUUUCUGAAAUGCCUCCAAGUUAAAUUUUGCGGUGCAUAGAUGUGUAUGUAUACAUACAUAAGUGAAAAGUCGAGAACAGUCAAGUCGUGAAAAGCGUCAAUUUAUUAUUUGUAAAAGUGCAGUGUUAAAAUAUUCUUCGGUAUAUCGCGCGGGUUUUUUGCCUGAAGGUUAUGACAAAUGAAAGAGAGAUAUUCAAUAUGUGGCAAAAAGAAGACAGUAUUUUGUGUGAAUUUAAAGCGUUCCUGUUUUCGGGUGGUUCUAAAACAAAUUUAAUUGAAAAUGGAUUCGGAUGAUUCUAACCCGGGAUCUUCGGUAUCAAAUUCAUCAUCAAAUUCAUCGGAGAAUUCACGAUCUUCACCCGAACCUUCAAAUGAAGUGGAAGCCAUAAACACACUCAAUGUGGAGGCAGGUGAAAAUGUGGAAGGACAAGAAUUAUCGAGAUCAAAUUCACGGUGUUCAAAUGAUGGUGCGAAUUCUCCACAUUCGUCCUCCAAAUCUGAAUUUAAUUCUUCAUCGUCUUCUUCGUCUAGUGAUAACGAAAUCGAUGGUAUAAAAUCGCCUGUCGAAAAUUCACCCACUAAAAGAAGUCGUACCCCGUCACCUCAAGCCUCAAAGUCUCAACGGAGCUCAAGACAUUCAAGUUUAUCAUCUAACAGUAGCCGAAGCAACAGUCCUAAUUCUAAUUUCCGUAAUGGCGGACCAAAUAUAAGCCAUGAAGAACUGAGUGAUGUAAGCGAUUUGGAGAGUGAAAAGCGCGGUUCACUUUUGAAUAGUAGUAAGCAGUCUAUAGAGGACGAAGCAACAAAUGUUUCUUCAGCAUCUGCUCCUUUAGACCAAGAAAUCGAUCAAAAAGAGAAUAAUUCGGAACGGCGGUUUUCUUUAGAAACUGAUAACAGUCAAAAUGCAGUAAUUACGGACUUACGUCAAAAACUGGACUUAAUAAAAACUCACGGAAAGACGAUGGAAAACCCAAAAGCAACUGAAGAAGCAGCAAGUUCAAAUGAAAACGACAAACAAAGUGAUCCCAUCGAGGUUUUGGUGAAAUCAAAUGAUGAAGAUGCCUUAGACUUCGAGGCUGAAGAAGGCGAAUGUCAAGAUAUAAGUAAGGAUGAUGAGAAGCAGAUACAUGAACAACAAAGUAAAUUAGGAAAAGAGAAUGAAAGAUCUUCGAAAUCUGAUGGAGAAGCCGAAGACGGCGAAGAACUAGAAGAAGGCGAAGUGUCGGAUGAAGAUGAGAAACGACCGGAGGAAACUGAACCCAAACCUGUGUGCCGCUUUUAUACCCGUGGUCAAUGCACUUGGGGAAUGAGUUGUCGCUUUCUUCAUCCUGGUGUAACUGAUAAGGGAAAUUAUACAAUGUUUGAUUUGGUACGUCCGGUUCCCGUAACGCAAACAGGACCAUCUGCCACUCGGCCUGCCAAUUAUCCAACUCAUCCAAUUGACUAUCAUGAUUUUCGCACUGACCGUCCAGCAUUACAUCACCGCUUGGGCCUACAACAUGCACCUGCAGUUUAUGGUGCACACCAUGAUCCUAGGGCAGCAACAGCGGAUGCUCCAGUCGUUAUUGAAAGUGCAUGGGAACGCGGCUUACGAACAGCUAAAGAAAUGAUGCGUAAGGCAAAUAAACGAAAAGAGCAAGAUAUGGAUUUUGAGGAUAAGAAAAUGAAUUUGACUUUAUCUCCAGACGAAAUAGAAAAGGAUGCUUAUUAUUUAAAGGAGAGGGGUUCCCCACAAGAUAUUGCUCCAGCGUAUGGCCGACAUGGCUUAUAUCAAGAACCACUUGGUAUAUACAGUCCAACCGACCGAUUUGCGCGUGGUCCGCCAAUACCAGCAACAUAUGAUGAUGUGGACUCAUAUGGACGAUCAACACGAUAUCGUGAACUGCCUCCUCAUCGUAUGCCGCAGUAUGAAGAUGAACGACGAGUACGUCCUACUCGCGAAGUUAUUGUUCAGCGUGUGGAACCUGUUGGUCGUGGUGAUGAGUGGCGUGACCCAUGGAUGAGAUCUCCUGGCGGGCGUGGAGAAUCACGGGAUCAUAGUAGCAAACGCCGUCAUGAUCGUCGUAGCUAUAGUAGCAAUUCUUCGUAUUCUUCUUCGAGCAGCUCCCGAUCUGAUUCAAGCUCGGAAAGUAGCCGUUCGUCUACCCCAGUUGGUCAUAGGCGUCGUUAUAAUAGUUCGCAUAAGGUAUCACCAUCACGUAGACAUGGAAUGCGAUCUGCACGAUCACCGAGCCUCCCUCGUCGUCCUCGCCAUUCUCCAAGUAAUCGGCAUUCUCCCAAUGUGAAGAGAAAAAAUUCACUGUCACCUGCAAUGGAAAAGAGAAAUGCAUAUAGUCCAUUGCAUAAGCGAAAGAAGCCAAUAGCAACCGCGAAAAAAUCUGAUAAGUCGAAAUCUAGACACCGAGUUACUUCGAGUUCAUCUGGAUCAGGUUCGUCUGAUUCGAGUGAUUCUGAUUCAGAUACUGGUUCGUCCAGCUCCGACAGUUCGUCAAUGUCUAGAGGGCGGUCUAACAUUAAACGCUCCAGAACUACGGAUAAGAUAGUGCAUGAAAGAAGAGGAGGGAAGAAAGCUGAACCAACUAAAAAGAGAUCACCAAUAUCUAUUGAAAUUAAAAAACAACCCACUGUAGGAGUAUCGGCUCUAGCUUCAUCACCAACACAUUCAAUAAAUUCGGAAAAGGAUUUGAAAAAGUCGCGACGUGAAGAAUUAUUAAAACAACUCCGUGCAGUAGAGGACGCUAUCGCAAAAAAGAGAUCUAAACUUAACUGAUAAAUUGGCGGACAAUCUAAAAAAAUUAACAAAUUAGUAGAUUAAAAUUGUAUUAGAAACAAACAUUGAUUAAAUAUACUUAAAUAUGUACAAAAAGUGUAUUUGUCAAAACCAAUUCCAGUUUACUAUAUGUGUGAAAUAAUUAAAUUCACUCUAGAAACAAUAUUUAAGAAUGCGAUUCCUGAUAAUAUUACCCAUUAGUAGUGAUAAAUAUAUGACAAACAUUUUCAAAACCUA